AUGGAUCCCACUACCUCUGCCCAAGUCGACGAGAUCGGCCGCCGGUGCGGCUCUGUUGGCCAGAUUGCCGCCCAGUGCCAGCAGCGCUACGGCCAGAACUUUGAGGCCAUGCCGCAGCAGUGCCAGGAGGUCUCCAUCCAGUCGGCGCUGUGCAUGAUGUCGGUCGCCUGCCCGCAGCAGUUUGAGGCCAUGUCCGAGUGCAUGAAGGCCAACGAGGGCCUCUCGCCUGAUGCCGCCACCCGCAAGUGCGAGUCGUUUGCCAACACAUUGGAUGCGUGCAUGCAGGCGUUCCAGUCCAAGGUCGCCCAGUUCUCGAUGAUGUAA